AUGACGGGAAUGUCACGGACGGGAUGGCCUGUUGCUACUCGACCACAAAAAAUUGCUACCACGCCGGUUACAUUGAAGAAGCCAAACGACACACGGAAUAGUAUUGACCGAGCUAUCAAUUUGUACCCAUUGACGAAUUACACUUUUGGGACAAAAGAUCCACAGGCCGAACGUGACCAUUCAGUACAGGCACGAUUCCAACGCAUGCGUGAAGAAUAUGAAAAAAUUGGAAUGCGACGAUCGGUAGAAGGUGUUCUACUCGUUCAUGAACAUUCUCUACCUCAUGUUCUAUUAUUGCAGAUUGGUACUACUUUUUUCAAAUUACCAGGUGGUGAAUUAAAUCCUGGAGAAGAUGAAGUUGAAGGGUUGAAGCGACUACUUACUGAAACUCUUGGACGGCAAGAUGGCGCGAAGGAUUUGUGGACUAUUGAAGACGUCAUCGGUAACUGGUGGCGUCCGAAUUUCGACCCACCUAGGUAUCCAUACAUUCCUGCACACGUUACAAAACCAAAAGAGCAGACGAAGCUCUUUCUCGUCCAACUUCCAGAACGGGCACUUUUUGCUGUGCCGAAAAAUUACAAACUGGUAGCUGCGCCGCUCUUUGAACUGUACGACAACUCAACUGGUUACGGUAACUUGAUUGCAAGCCUUCCACAAGUUCUUAGCAGAUUCAAUUUUCUGUACACCCCAUGA